AUGGGCGACAUGGCCAACAGUUCCAUCGAGUUCCACCCCAAACCCCAGCAGCCGCGGGAGGCCCCCCACGCAGGCGGCUUUGGGUGCACACUGGCUGAGCUGCGUUCCCUCAUGGAGCUCCGAGGAGCUGAGGCGCUGCAAAAGGUCCAGGAAGCCUACGGCGAUGUCAGUGGGCUCUGCAGGAGGCUGAAGACCUCGCCCACAGAGGGCCUGGCCAACAAUGCCAAUGACUUAGAGAAGCGCAGGCAGAUCUACGGGCAGAACUUUAUCCCUCCCAAGCAGCCCAAGACCUUCCUGCAGCUGGUGUGGGAGGCCCUGCAGGACGUGACCCUGAUCAUCCUGGAGGUGGCCGCCAUUGUCUCCCUGGGCCUUUCAUUCUAUGCGCCGCCAGGGGAGGAGAGCGAAGCAUGCGGGAAUGUGUCAGCUGGGGCAGAAGACGAAGGGGAGGCCGAGGCAGGCUGGAUCGAGGGAGCCGCCAUCCUGUUGUCGGUCACCUGCGUGGUGCUGGUCACGGCCUUCAAUGACUGGAGCAAGGAGAGGCAGUUCCGGGGCCUGCAGAGCCGCAUCGAGCAGGAACAGAGGUUCUCAGUCAUCCGGGAUGGCCAGCUGCUGCAGGUCCCCGUGGCCGCACUGGUGGUGGGAGACAUUGCCCAGGUCAAGUACGGAGACCUGCUACCUGCUGACGGCGUGCUCAUCCAAGGCAAUGACCUCAAGAUCGAUGAGAGCUCCCUGACAGGCGAGUCAGACCACGUGCGCAAAUCAGCCGACAAAGACCCCAUGCUGCUCUCAGGUACUCAUGUCAUGGAAGGUUCUGGAAGAAUGGUGGUGACUGCCGUUGGGGUGAACUCCCAGACAGGCAUCAUCUUUACCUUGCUCGGAGCCGGUGGAGAGGAAGAGGAGAAGAAGGAUAAGAAAGGCAAGCAGCAGGAUGGGGCGAUGGAGAGUAGCCAGACCAAAGCUAAGAAGCAGGACGGGGCAGUUGCCAUGGAAAUGCAGCCCCUGAAGAGCGCUGAGGGCGGGGAGAUGGAGGAACGGGACAAGAAGAAAGCCAGCGUGCCCAAGAAGGAGAAGUCGGUCCUGCAGGGCAAGCUCACCAAACUGGCCGUGCAGAUUGGGAAAGCAGGACUGGUCAUGUCUGCCAUCACUGUCAUCAUCCUGGUCCUCUACUUUGUGAUUGAGACCUUCGUCGUCGACGGCCGGGUGUGGCUGGCGGAGUGCACGCCCGUCUAUGUGCAGUACUUUGUGAAGUUUUUCAUCAUCGGCGUCACUGUGCUGGUUGUGGCCGUCCCGGAGGGCCUGCCUCUGGCUGUCACCAUCUCCUUAGCUUACUCUGUCAAGAAAAUGAUGAGGGACAACAACCUGGUCCGUCACCUGGAUGCCUGUGAGACCAUGGGCAACGCCACCGCCAUCUGCUCAGACAAGACGGGCACACUCACCACCAACCGUAUGACCGUGGUCCAGUCCUACCUCGGGGACACCCACUACAAAGAGGUUCCAGCCCCCAGCACCGUGACCCCCAAGAUCCUCGACCUCCUGGUCCACGCCAUCUCCAUCAACAGUGCCUACACCACCAAAAUACUACCUCCAGAGAAGGAAGGCGGUCUCCCACGCCAAGUGGGCAACAAGACUGAGUGUGCUCUGCUGGGCUUUGUCCUGGACCUGAAGCGGGACUUCCAGCCUGUGCGGGAGCAGAUUCCAGAAGAUAAGCUUUACAAAGUCUACACCUUCAACUCGGUCCGCAAGUCCAUGAGCACGGUCAUCCGCAUGCCUGACGGCGGCUUCCGCCUCUUCAGCAAGGGCGCCUCGGAGAUCCUGCUGAAAAAGUGCACCAACAUCAUAAACAACAAUGGUGAGCUGCGUGGCUUUCGCCCUCGGGACAGGGACGACAUGGUGAAGAAGAUCAUCGAGCCCAUGGCGUGCGACGGCCUCCGCACCAUAUGUAUUGCCUACCGGGAUUUCUCUGCCGCUCGGGAGCCCGACUGGGACAAUGAGAACGAGGUCGUGGGCGACCUCACCUGCAUAGCCAUCGUGGGCAUCGAGGACCCCGUGCGGCCCGAGGUCCCUGAAGCUAUCCGCAAAUGCCAGCGUGCUGGCAUCACGGUGCGCAUGGUGACCGGGGACAACAUCAAUACAGCCCGGGCCAUCGCGGCCAAGUGUGGCAUCAUCCAGCCCGGGGAGGACUUCCUGUGCCUGGAGGGGAAGGAGUUCAACCGGCGCAUCCGCAAUGAGAAAGGCGAGAUAGAACAGGAGCGUCUGGACAAGGUGUGGCCCAAGCUGAGGGUCCUCGCCCGAUCGUCUCCCACCGACAAACAUACUCUGGUCAAAGGGAUCAUCGACAGCAGCACUGGCGAGCAGCGGCAGGUGGUGGCCGUGACCGGGGACGGCACCAACGACGGGCCAGCCCUCAAGAAGGCAGAUGUGGGCUUUGCCAUGGGCAUCGCAGGGACUGACGUGGCCAAGGAGGCCUCUGACAUCAUCCUGACCGAUGACAACUUCACCAGCAUCGUCAAGGCAGUCAUGUGGGGCCGCAACGUCUACGACAGCAUCUCCAAGUUCCUGCAGUUCCAGCUGACCGUCAACGUGGUGGCCGUGAUCGUGGCCUUCACGGGUGCCUGCAUUACUCAGGACUCUCCUCUCAAAGCCGUGCAGAUGUUGUGGGUGAACUUGAUCAUGGACACAUUUGCCUCUCUGGCCCUGGCGACGGAGCCACCCACCGAGGCGCUGCUGCUGCGGAAACCGUACGGCCGGGACAAGCCCCUGAUCUCGCGCACCAUGAUGAAGAACAUCCUGGGCCACGCGGUGUACCAGCUCACCAUCAUCUUCACACUGCUGUUCGUCGGGGAGCUCUUCUUCGACAUCGACAGCGGGAGGAACGCGCCCCUGCAUUCUCCACCCUCAGAGCACUACACCAUCAUCUUCAACACGUUCGUCAUGAUGCAGCUCUUCAACGAGAUCAAUGCCCGAAAGAUCCACGGUGAGCGAAACGUCUUCCAUGGCAUCUUCAGCAACCCCAUCUUCUGCACCAUUGUCCUGGGCACCUUUGCAAUUCAGAUCGUCAUCGUCCAGUUCGGCGGAAAGCCCUUCAGCUGCUCCCCCCUGUCCACGGAGCAGUGGCUCUGGUGCCUGUUCGUUGGCGUUGGGGAGCUGGUCUGGGGACAGGUCAUCGCCACCAUCCCCACCAGCCAGCUCAAGUGCCUGAAGGAAGCAGGGCACGGGCCCGGGAAGGAUGAGAUGACUGACGAGGAGCUGGCCGAGGGGGAGGAAGAGAUUGACCACGCCGAGCGGGAGCUCCGCAGAGGCCAGAUCCUCUGGUUCCGGGGCCUCAAUCGGAUUCAGACACAGAUCCGGGUGGUGAAAGCAUUCCGUAGCUCGCUCUAUGAAGGCCUGGAGAAACCGGAAUCCAAGACCUCCAUUCAUAACUUCAUGGCAACGCCCGAGUUUCUGAUCAAUGACUACACCCACAACAUCCCGCUCAUCGAUGACACGGACGUGGAUGAGAACGAGGAGCGCCUGCGGGCCCCGCCACCCCCGUCCCCCAACCAGAACAACAACGCCAUAGACAGUGGUGUCUACCUGACCACGCACGGCACCAAGUCAGCUACCUCGUCAGUGUUUUCUUCCAGACCUGGGAGCCCACUCCACAGCGUGGAGACGUCCCUCUAAGGGAACGGCUCUCAGCAUGCGCAGCCCGCACACACGCGCACUCGG